AUGACUGCUAUAUUUAAAGACUCGUUUAUUGUACCUGUGCUAUACAAUGAGAAUAGACCAUUCGAUUCAAACUGUACUUCUUUCCCUGUUAGAUCCUUAAACCCUUUUAACUGUAAAAAACAGCUAACUUACAUGGUUUUUGAAAAUGAACAGAAGGUUUUAGAUCCCACACAAACUGCACGACACAGAAAUAGCUUUAUUUUUGCUAGAAGUACACUUUCGCCGAUACUCCAAAAGGAUGAUGGGUUGACCACCUAUAACAUUUCCAAGGUAGUUUCUAAGCUCAGAAAGUUAGCUGGUCAAAGAUUUCUCACCUAUUUUGAAUAUUUGGCAUUCGUAGAGAAAAACUAUCUUCAAUUCAGGAGUAAAACAAGAGAAUCUUCCAAGGCCAAGGUAACCUAUUUCGAAAAGUGUAGAUCAACAUAUUCCCCCGGUUCCAAAUCAUUCAUGAAGCCCAAGCGAAUGAGACUUAGAUUUGCUAACAAGAGGACAUCAACGUUCAAAGUCCGGAAGUACGAAUCGAACAAGGUAAAAAAGGUAGAAGAUCUUUUACUAGUGAAAAGCGCGAAAUCGAGGAGUAAAUCUCAUGAGUCAAGCGGCUUCAGAUUUGGAUAA